UUUAUUUUGUACCAUGCCAAUCUACAAAAUAUAUAGUCGCGCUAGGCCCUAUCGACCGAUUGAAUCGAAUAGAAACCUUCCCGAGCAUCAGUCCUUCACGCCCUCCUACGAAAAGGACGCCACAUCGAUGAGUCUCCUGAUGUCCUGGCACUACGGUCACCAAUGGCUGGAGGAGUCCAAGCUGUUUCAUCAGAGGAACAUGCCAGUUAAAGAGCGUCGAUUUAUAGAUCCCGGCACCAAGGGUUGGCUGCAGAAACGCAUGACAGCCACGACGCGCCGUGCCCAUCAUUUAGAUUCUAAUCAGAAGCCUAGAUGGGGAUAG